CUCCGUCCAGAGCGCUCCAGAGUCAGUCGCAGCCCGCCGCUAAGAGGUUUACCUGCCCGGAUUUUACCACACAGUCCACACAGGUUAUUUCCAGCAUGAUGACGGAGCGACGCGUCUCUCUGUAGAUCUCCAGUGUUUUGAUGUCACAUUCCUGAAGUUUCUGGAGGACGAGGCGGCAGCGGAUCGGACGCUUCAUCAUUGCAGCUGGAAUACAGAGACGAGGACUCUUGGAUAUGGCUUUUCUGUGCAUGAGAGGAAGCUGAUCUGAGGUCAAGGCCUUCGUCCUCUCCCCCGGAGUCACAUGUCAGCGUGAGGCUCAACCCCCGGGUUGCUAUCGCUACUCUGACCGACCUACAUACUUGUUAGCCCAUUUAGAGAAGCAGCACAGACGGGAUCAGACGAGUGAGUUUGCUUUGGAGCUGUUGACUCUGCUGCUUUUAAGCACUCUGGGAAACUGCUGAAGCCGCUGAGAGCUCGCGCCGAUCACCUCAACAUGCCGGCAAAGACGCCCAUGUACCUGAAAACGACGACUCCCAAGAAGGGGAAGAAGCUGAAGCUGCGCGACGUGCUGUCGGGCGACAUGAUCAGCCCGCCGCUGGGCGACGUCCGCCACAGCGCCCACGUGGGACCCGAGGGCGAAGGCGACAUGUUCGGAGACGUGGGCUUCCUCCGGGGUAAGAUGGACAUGCUGCCGUCGCUGAGUCGGGCCCAGAACGGACACUCGCGCUCGCACAGCGUCGAGAGGAACGUGGACGACGGCUUCGGCUCCAAACACGACUCCCACAGCUACGCCUACAACGGCUUCCACUACCAGCACUCCACCAGCGGCCUGCUGAAGUCCACCGUGUCCAUGCCGGUGUUCAUCGCCCACGAGCAGGCGCCUCCCAAACCCCCACGGCUCCACCUGGACGACCCCUCACCGCAGAACCACCAGAACCACCACCAGAACCAUCAUCAGAACCACCACCAGAACCACCAGCAGCCUGCGGACGGCGGCCACAAACAGGCCAACGGCUGCGUCCAGCAGCACCCGACCCUGUCGCUCUGUGAGAACGGCGUCGUGGGUCGCCUGGCGUCAGAACCCUGCCGGGACAUCUGCCUGUCGCCCGCCAUCCGCAAGCUGGUCCCGUCCUCCGGCUCCUUCUCCGAGGUCUCCUCCGAGGACUCCAUGUCGGAGACCUGCGGGCCGCUGGACGUCCGCCGGGGCCUCAGCCUGGACUCGGACGCCGGCCUGAGCAACGAGGACCUGAGGAGCGAACGCAGCGAGUCGCCCUGCGCCGCCUUCCACCCCGCCGGCCUCACCGCCUCCUCCGCCGUGUCCCGGUCCGACUCCAUGGCGGGGUUGGACCUGGAUCUGGGCCCGUCCAUCCUGGAGGACGUCCUGAGCAUCAUGGACCGAUACAAGACUGUGGACAACCGGUGCGAGCUGUGAAGAGAUUAAUGUGACAUACAGAUGUUUUUUAUACAUUUAAUAUAUCCUUUAAAAGCAAAGGAGGGAAACAACUUCUUCACCAACUCUUGACUGCUGAGUUUAAAGGUAAUGAAAGACUAAAGGAGAGUUUUAAGUGCAGGGACGCUGCUGCUGACGACAGCCGAGGCAACAGGCUGGUCCUUGGAGCCUUCAUGACGCUGGACUCCCUCCGAUAAACAUUAAACUGUGAGAUAAGGAGCAGAACGGCAGGAAUAUUAUCAGAAACCUUCCUCUUCUGUGGAUAAAUACACUGUACCGUCUGUUAUUCGGAGGAUUUUCUGCUUCGUUAAUGGUUAACAAACUGCACACUGAGUCAGAUAUUAACGUCUCCGCAUCGAUCCGGGAAACAUCGCAGCCGCUGAUGGUUCGCUGUUUCUCACAUCAGAGGAUGUCCAGUUUAUUUAUGCAGUAGAGUUUAAAUGACACAAGCUCAGUCAGACGAAGCUGAUCUUUUAAAGCUGCAGGCCAUAACCAGUCUUAAAGUGUUUCGGGACAGGAGCGUCUUCAGUGUGAAAUGUGAAGAACUGCUGAUUGGACGGUUUGCAGCAGCCGAUGGUCACUUGACGCCAUCUGGUGUUGCAUCUGGGAACAGCAGCACCGACGCUUCACUGACGGGCUUCUUUCUGUGACCAGAGACGUUUAUUCUUGUUUAAAAAAAAGAAAAAGAAAGAAGAAGCUUUAAUUGUAAGAGAAGUGCUGCUUUGUAGAUCAUUUUCAGAUACUGAUCUUUUUUAAAAACACUCUUCGUCCGUGUCGCUGUCGGCCUCGUUCACUGUCUGCAUAUCACAGUAGCCUAUUACUCGAAUGUCAUUUAUGCUGUAUAUACCUCUGUAAAUGUCUAAAUAAAAUGUUUCCUAUAAAGAAAAA